AUGAAGCCGAAGGAACUGAAGACCGAGUAUCUUGAUCUAUGCGCCCUUAAUGAUUGCUCUGACGAGGCGGAACAUAAGGCUCAAGAUCGAAAGUUAAAGAGACUAAUGGAGGCUUUGCGCUCAAAACGGAAAAUCGUCGUCAUAGCUGGAGCUGGUAUCUCGGUCUCUGCAGGCAUACCUGAUUUUCGCUCUCAAAAUGGGCUUUUCAACACAUUGCGCAGUCAACACAAGCUAAAAGCGUCUGGAAAGCACCUCUUUGAUGCUUCGGUCUAUCGAAGCGACUCGUCGACAAGUUCUUUCCAUGACAUGGUCCGCGAGCUAUCUCAUCUGACACAAAAUGCCAAGCCUACACCAUUCCAUCAUAUGCUUGCGACUCUCGCCGAAGAGGGCCGAUUGCUGCGCCUAUACACCCAGAAUGUUGAUGGCAUCGACACAGCCCUGCAACCUCUUGCGACCACCGUCCCAUUGAACAAGAAGGGUCCUUGGCCUAAGACUAUACAGCUCCACGGAGGACUGGACAAAAUGGUUUGUAGCAAAUGUGGACACCUGUCAGAUUUUAAUGGCGCUCUUUUCGAAGGCCCAGAGCCACCGUCGUGUACAGAGUGCGAAGUGACAGACGGCGUACGAAUAGCUGGAGGCCUCAGAAGUCAUGGAAUUGGCCGUUUAAGGCCGAGGAUGGUCUUGUACAACGAGUUCAACCCUGAUGAGGAAGCUAUUGGAGCGGUUAGCACCGCGGAUCUUAAAACUCGACCGGACGCAGUAAUUGUGGUAGGCACAAGUCUCAAAGUGCCUGGAAUUCGGCGCCUAGCAAAGGAGAUGUGCGCUGUUACUCGAAGUCGUCGAGACGGAUUCACUGCUUGGAUCAAUUACGACCCCGAGCCUGUUGGCGUCGAUGUCAAAGAUUGCUGGGAUUUGGUCGUCCGAGGUGAAUGUGAUGAUGUUGCACGUCACGUGGGCCUGCCCCGGUGGGACGACAAGGACUGUGGUGACUAUAGUCUUGUACCAAAGGAAGAGCCUAAGGUCAAGAAUGGUAUCGAAGUGGUAAUAGACUCCAAGCCUCUCGAUAUGGUUAAGAACCAAGGAAUCAUCACUCCUGGAGCUAGCCCUCGACAGCAAAGCCCAGCACCCACAAAAGACAUGGCGAAAUCGAAGCAGUUACAGCUGCCAUUUGGGUCUAAGGUUGCUACUGGAAAGGAGACGAAGCCCAAAAAGAAGUCUGGCAGGAAGCCAUUGCCUUCGAAGCCUAUGAAUAAGAUCACCAGUGCAUUUGGUCAGACGAAGACCUCGAAGCCCGCUGCAAGUAAACCCACGCAGGCGAAAAAUGAAGCGGGUGCAGGAAAGAAACAACUUAAUGGUGGACAACUCAUGUUUCCAAACCUUGCAAAGGAACCUUCAACCCCGCCGAUGGCAGCUGUCUCUCGUACAGACCACCGUAACAACUCGGACAUAUCGUCGUACAGGAACGAGAGCCCCAACUUCGUACAGGGCAAGAAUUUUGAGAUACAGGUUCCUAGCAAGCAGGAACGCUCUCAGCAUCAGUACACGCCUGAUCCCUCUCUCCACUCGGAUCAACUCCGUUCUCCCCAAACUCCAAAGACACCUACCCGAGAAUCUCCUAAUUGGACCGAGACUAUUUCCCCGAAGGGAAAAUUGCCCCAUGGCAUGCAGGAGAUACUUUCGUGA